UUGUUGAUAAAUAGACAUGCACGGUCGUCAUGGAGGCAGUCGCGGCAGCGUAAACCUCGCUUUCAAAAUGAGGACGCUGGCGAUCACGUUAUGUUUGGCGCUUACCGUUGUGGCUUCAAUAGCCAUUCCGCUGAAAGAAACAGCUGAAAAUGCUGAAAUUUCAAGAGUAAAACGUUCACCAGGCUGGCAUUCAGAACCAGAAGGAGUGUGGGAAAAAAAGCUCGUUUGGAAAGAGGAUUGGAAACAGAUAUGGAAAACUGAAAAAAAACUUAUUUGGAAAACAGAAUGGAAAAAAGAAAAAGUUCCUGCUUGGAAAACCGAAAAAGUGCAACAAUGGAAAGAAGAGCAAGUACCAGCUUGGAAAGUGAUACAAAAACCCAUAUGGAAAGAAGUGCAAGUGCCUAUAUGGAAGGAGGUUCAGGUACCUGAUUGGAAGAAAGUAUGGAAACCAGUGUGGAAAGAAAUACAAGUUCCCGUUAACAAAGCUGUGCAAGUACCAGAAUGGAAACAGAACUUUGUACCCGAGUGGGUUAAAGAGGGUGUUCCUGGUGAAAAGUAUUUAGGAAAAGAUGAGCAUGGAUGGGAAUACACCAGUCAUGAUCUGUGGAGAAAGAAGUUAGUCUGGAAACCAGUAUGGAAAAAAGUCUGGAAAACAGUGCACAAGCAGGAGUGGGUAACUGAUAAGAAGCUUGAAUGGAAAGAAGAGUGGAAACAAAUUUGGAGAACAGAAAAGAAACAAGCGUGGGUAACAGAAAAGAAACAAGAAUGGGUAGAAGAAAAAGUGCAAAUUUGGAAGACCAUUAAGAAAGAAGUCUGGGUGCCAGUGAAAAAGGAAAUAUGGAUAGAGAAAUGGAAGCAAAUUCAAGUUCCAGUAUGGAAAACAAUAGAAGUCCCAGCGUGGAAAAAAGUAUGGAAGCCAGUUUGGCAAAAAGUUUGGGUACCAGUACAUCACGAACACCAUGAACACCACGAACACCACGGAUGGGAUUAAUAGGUAGAUUUUGUGUUAUUAUUUUGUACAUAUAGAGAUACUUACAAUGUAGUCAUUUGUUACUUAUUUGUUACCAUAUAAACCCAAGAUAUGUUGAGUUUUGUAAAUAAUAUAUUUUUAAAUGUUUACUGAAUGGUGCUGGUAAGUGUUUGCCGAGAAACUUAGGCGUACGCGAAGGCGAAUGCUUUUUUUAUUGGCGAUUGUACAACAUUAAAAAUUUCGCUUGCGAAUGUAUUUGGCUUUGCGUGCGCCUCAGAUGACCUUUAAAAAUUUGUUUCUUAAAAUUUCAAUACAAAAAAUAAUAGUUCACUUCCUAAUACAAAUAAAUUGUAUAGUUAAAUGAUAAUUAACCAUUUUAAAACAAUUACAGAUAGUCAUCUUUUUAUAAUAAUUAACUACGAAUUAAUUAACAACUUCAAAACAAAUCUUUUAAAUAUUUGCAUUCUCAUAACACUUUGUUGUGUUUAAACAAAAUAAAGUUAUGACUUUAUAUUGUUUUAAAUAAUUCAGGUUGAGUAUUAAAAAAGUUUUAAGUAUUUAGUUGUUUUUUUUUCAAUGUGUUAAUAUUUUCUAUUAUAGUAUUUUUUUUCGAAGUGGGAAUUAAUUUACGAAUGUAUUUGAUACCGAAAAAAUUAAAGUUUCUAAAAGGAAGUUAACUAUUACAAUCAAUAUCUUAAUUUUAAAUUUCAAAACUUGAAAUUGUUAUAAUUUUUUGUUCAAGCUACCGUUAAUUGUUUUUAUUUACUUUAAUUUCUUUUUCACAAUACGUAGAAGGCGUAUUUUAGCACCUUAAAUGACAAAAGUACAACUGUUUGUUUAUUUUAUAUACUGUAUAAAUGAAAUAUGAAUAAUAAAAAUAAAUAAAUCAAAA